GGGCAAAAGUCUAGAAGAAACAUUGAUUUACCGACUUGAAAAAUAAAAGGAUCAUGUGUACACUUCAGGUGAGAGGGUUCUACAAUGAAAAUGGUACUUGGUGCUCUUCAGAAAAAUCCCUACUAACAUAAAAGAACACGAAAUUCAAAACGCCUUGGAGACUAUAGAAAACGAAGACCCACAGUACUCGGGGAAAUAAAGAAAGUACAUUUCGCGAAAGUCACACAUUUCAAAUUGUAAUGUUUAUAUUUUCCAAAACGUAAUCAACGAUCCAGGACAGUCUUACAGUUUCCUAUCUAUUUGCAAUAGUUCAGGGUCAUCGUUGAUGCUUAUGAAAGAGAGUAUCGAGCUCUCGCAUGGUGCACCCAUUCUUAGCUUUACAUGUUCAUGCAUUGGUACGGACGCGGACGCGGAAGAGAAGCAUUUCUUCCACCAAAGUAGUCGUGACGAUUUGCCAAUUCCUGAUUUGACAUAUUAGGCAACGCCCAGAAGACCGGAAAAAGACAUACGGGGAAGCAAAACGACAACUUUCUCCACCUGCCGAAGGACACCUAGUUAACGACUAACCAACUCGGAAAAACAAACACUCCGCAUUCCCUCCCUCUCUCUUCCCGAUUCCCUCGCUAAAACUAGAGGAAGAGAACACUGCUGACUCUGUCUCCUCAUUCUCCUCUCUCUUUUCUACGACCCCAUUUCAACGCCCUUCUCGAAAUAGGGCCUCCUCCUUACGCCCCCACCCUCUCUCUCUCUCCCCGUCGCCGCGUUGAUGCGCGGCCCCUCCCCGGGUAGCACAUCCCCCUCCUUUUAACCAAAUUACCCUUAGUGUUUGUCGAGCUUUCAUAGCCAUUGGCGCAUAACUUAAGGCAAGGCCAGGCAUGGAGAUGCCUAGGCAAGUAUUUCCACUUGUCUGGGUCUUGAUCUUGCUGGGUUCUUGCAUGAACCAUGUUUGUCACGGCCAGGAUUAUGAGGACGAUUCCACCCCGGCCGCGCCGCCCCCCGAACAGGAGAGCUGCAAUGGGAUAUUUCUCACGUACAACUUCAUGGAGAGGACCAAGGAGUACCCGCGCAUAAAGAACGCGUCGGCGCAGGCAUGGGCCUUCAAGUCGCAGAUGACGGUGCUGAACGCGGGCUUGGAGGAGCUCAAGGCGUGGAAGGUGUUUGUAGGGUUCCAGCACAAUGAGAUCCUGGUGAGCGCAGGCGGAGCUGUGUCGAUCGACGGAGAAGAUUUUCCCGCGAAAGUCGGGAACAAUGGGACCACGUUUGCUGGUUACCCACAGGCGGAUCUGAAGACGUCCAUCGACACGGCAGGGGAUAUCAAUCAGAUUCAGGCCAAGAUUGAACUGACAGGGACCCAGUUCGGCGUGAAACCGCCGGGUGUCCCAAUGCCAAAGACGAUCCGGCUCCAGAAUGAUGGGUACAAGUGUCCCGCCGCUCGUCGCCGUGGUACGAACGCAAUGCUUGUGUGCUGUGUCAAGGACAAGAAACACAAGGCCAAGAAGACGAAGACCAAGUUCUUGCCUCGCCAGUACGGUGAUCUCACCUUCACAUACGACGUGCUGCAAGCCUAUGAAGGCAACUAUCUUGCGCAGGUGACGAUGGACAACAACCAUCCAUUAGGCCGUCUUGACCAUUGGAACUUGACAUGGGAGUGGAUGAGAGGAGAGUUCAUCUACUCCAUGAGAGGAGCCUACACCCACACAAAGGACCCGUCGGAGUGUAUCUAUGGUGUUGCUGGCCAAUACUACAAGGACUUGGAUUUCUCUCAGGUCAUGAACUGCCAUAAGAAGCCUUUCAUCGCCGACCUGCCUGCUGAUAGAGCCAAUGACACGAAAGUCGGGAAACUACCGUACUGUUGUAGGAACGGCACUCUUCUUCCAGCUUUGAUGGAUGAGAGCAAAUCGAAGUCCGUCUUCCAACUGCAGGUCUAUAAGAUCCCUCCAGACAUGAACCGUACCGCUCUAACUCCGCCGCAGAGGUGGAAGAUUGAUGGGGUGAUAAAUCCAGAGUACAAGUGCGGCGCACCUAUUAGAGUGGACCCGACGGAAUUUCCUGACCCAAGCGGGCUUCAAGCUACAACUUUGGCGAUUGCGAGUUGGCAAGUAAGUUGCAACAUCACAAAGCCGAAGGGUAAAGAGUCCAAGUGCUGCGUUUCAUUUUCAGCAUAUUACAAUGAUUCGAUCAUCCCUUGCAAUACUUGUGCUUGUGGCUGUGAGGACACCGAUAAGUGCAACCCGAAAGCACAUCCAAUGCUUCUUCCUCCGGAGGCUAUUCUCGUGCCGUUUGCCAACAGAACCGCAAAAGCGAAAGCCUGGGCUAAGAUCAAACGUUAUCCAGUCCCCAACCCCAUGCCGUGUCCGGACAAUUGUGGGGUCAGCAUCAAUUGGCACAUCAACUCCGACUACAAGCAAGGAUGGACUGCUCGUAUUACGCUCUUCAAUUGGGACGACUUCCCUUUCGAAGACUGGUUCACGGCAGUACAGAUGAAGAAAGCCUUCCCCGGCUACGAAAAGUUGUAUUCUUUCAACGGAACCAAGCUUCCGCAAGCUAACAACACCAUCUUCUUCCAAGGCAUACCUGGAAUGAAUUUCCUGGUUGGCGAAACCAACGGAUCCAACCCGUUAGUCGACCCGAGAGUGCCUGGAAAGCAGCAGUCGGUCAUGUCUUUCACGAAGAAAACUACUCCGGGCAUUAACAUACUGAAGGGCGACGGGUUCCCUUCGAAGGUGUUCUUCAACGGGGAGGAGUGUUCGCUUCCUACCAGCAUACCAAUUCGAAGUUUGGGUUACCGGUUCGGUACCAAUUCUCUGCCAGUUGUAGUCAUCGGGAUUGUGACUUUCUUGCUGAUGACCGAGCUCUUCCAUUGACGAUUGUUUUGCCUAUCCUUGUGGAUGUCCUGUUCCUCCAAAUA